GCACAGCCAGGACGGUGUCCCACGCCUCCUCCACGGGCUGCCCACGUACGGGGAAACCUGGGACAGCUGCCCUGCCAGGGGGUACCCCGACCUGCACCGAGCAGCGCUGCUUCCUCUGCCUAGGGGUGGGUAGCAGCAGCAGCAAGCCCCUGCUCCCCUGCAGCCCCCCGGACCCCUCUGCUUCUGACAAGCAGGAGCAUAUUCGGAGCCCCACGCUGGAGCCUGCUUCACCCACCUUCCCAGGAUGCGGACACCAUCAGCGAUGAUCGUGGGACUGGUGCUGUGCCCCUGCGGGCUCCUGCUGACGCUCACGGGCACACUGGCACCCAGCUGGAGGCAGGUGAGCCUCAUACCCGACCAGCCUGUCGACCUCAUCUUGGAGCAGGGCAUCUGGGACAUUUGCAGAGAGCGGCAGAGCAGCCAUGACCGCCUCUGUGGGCAGUCCGAUGAGCUGGGCUACUUUGAGCAGCUGCCCGUGCGGGUGGCCCAAGGACUGAUGCCCACUUCACUGGUGGUCACCCUCCUGGGCUUGCUGGUGGCUACCUUGGGGGUUCGUUGCUGGCAGAAGGAGCCGUGGUAUCUGCUGGCUGGCAUAGCAGGGCUCGUGCUGCUCCUCUCAGGGCUGCUGAGUCUCGUGCCAGCCUCAUGGUACACCUAUGAGCUGUGGGGACUGCCUGCACCAGAUCGCAGCACGCUGGUUGUAGGCUACAGCUUGGUACUGAGCUACCUGGGAAGCUGCCUGGAGAUCUCAGGGGGGCUGGCCCUUGCCCUCAGCUUCCACCACUGCUGCAAGGAGCGCAGGGCACCCAAACUGUCCCCCAGCCCUGUGCUGGAGGCAGGGCCAUGCUCCACUAUUGGGGCUUACCGCAAUCCCUGGGACGUACUGGAGGAUGAGCGAGACGGGCAACAGUGGAGGAGCACCCUGCCUUGUGACUCUGACUUGUAGACCCAGCACAGGGGCAGCAGCGGGCACUGGCCAGCCUAGCUGCUGGGCGCAAAGAGCAGCACUGGCUCCUGCCCCUCCAAGGCAUCCCCUUCUCUUGGGGCACCUCAAAGCAGGCUGGAAACAAGACCAAGGACCUGGCCUGAACCUCUGCAACCUUGUCGAAAGCCUGCCAUGCUACAUGUUCCACAAUUGUGCCAAAGCCAUGCUGGGUUGAGGACCAGCCCUGGCUCCAGUCCCUCCAUGAAGCUUUUAGCUCAUCCUCCUGCACCGUGCAGCAGCUUGGGCAAAGGCAGCUUCAGUGUUCCCACAUGAGCAAGGUAAAGGUUAGCACUGUGUAGCCUUCAGGGCUGGGAAUAAGGGAGGGGAGCACCUCCACGUGUCUCUGCUCUACUCAGGGCUGUGCAAAUAGCAAAAUAAA